AUAGCUUAUAAAUUUCAAGAACAGAUCGGAAAUGUCAAUCCAGUAGUAAUUCAUGGCAAAGGCGUAAAUACUCACAAGUUUGGUGAAGCCCAACGAACUCUCGUUGAUCCUUCUUCUUCGGUUGGUUGUUUUAUUUGGGCAAGCUCCGCUGCUUUCUCCGCCUCCUCUUCUCCGAUCAGUCUCCGUCAAUCUUCCGGUCAAUAUCCGGCAACUCUCAGGUCAACAUCCGGAAAACCUCUGAUCGUUCUUCGAGAAAUUGGGAACAAUGAGUCAGGUAUUUGACGGGUACGAGCGACAAUACUGUGAACUAUCAGCGAAUCUUUCGCGGCAAUGCACUGGGGCUUCCUCUCUUGAUGGAGAAAAAAAGAAGCAGAAACUUUCUGACAUAAAAGCUGGAUUAGAUGAUGCUGAAACAUUGAUUCGGAAAAUGGACCUUGAGGCUAGGAGUUUACAGCCUAGUAUGAAGGCAACUCUUCUUGCCAAGUUAAGGGAAUACAAAACUGAUUUAACCAAUUUGAAGACCGAAGUUAAGAGAGUUACUACAUCUAAUGUCAGUUUCGCUGCUAGAGAUGACUUGUUGGAAUCAGGAAGUUCUGAUACACUGGCGGUAUCAAAUGAUCAAAAGGGAAGACUUCUAAUGUCUACUGAAAGACUUAAUCAAUCCUCUGAUAGAAUAAAGGAUAGCAGAAAAACAAUGCUGGAGACAGAGGAGCUUGGUGUCUCUAUCCUCCAAGAUUUGCAUCUACAACGACAAUCCCUACUCCAUGCCCAUAAGACACUCCAUGGGGUGGAUGAUAACAUCAGCAAGAGCAAGAAGAUUUUGUCAGCCAUGUCAAGAAGGAUGAACAGGAACAAAUGGAUUGUAGGCUCCUUAUUGACAGCUAUGGUCGUUGCAGUUAUAAUCAUUUUAUAUUUCAAGCUGACUCGUUAGCCUGCUAUCUUAGCUUCUCAUAUGGCUAACUAUAAGUUGCCUAACAAUGUCAGUUUUUUCAAGAGCUGUUUGAGCAACGGUUCUUAAAAUUUCUUAUUACAUGAAAAAUUCUUUCAUUUGAGAAAAUGACAAUGGUACCAUUACACUUUC